ACUCCCAACAUCUACUAUGUUUUGGUUUGUUUCUCCCCAAUUAAAGUUUAAUCUAUCAGUCCUCUUACUCCUCCCCAUGCUCCCACCUGGCCCGAGGCCUAAAGCAGAGAUUACAAAAGCCCCUCCCUCACCUUUCCUCCUUUCCCCCUUAACUCCAUUUCUCUUCUCUUGGCAUCCCAAAAAAGCUAUCGCCAUUGUUUUCUUUGAUUCCCUUCCGGAUCGAAUCAAUGUGGCUAACUCGAACCAACCCAAAGAUAAGGCUUCCUGCCAAUUCCUCCUCCAAUUUCUCCUUCAAAGACAUCCACGCCCUAUUCGCCGACGACCCGACCCGCCUGAAUCACCCGCCCCACUUCACCGAGCACUGCAUCUUUCACCGGGCUCGCAUCGCCAGCGCCUCCCUCCGCGCCCUGUCGCCUCCGCCCGAACCGGCACCCGCUUCUCAGCCGCAGCCGCCGAUCUCCCUCCCCGGAUCCGAGAGGCUGAUCGUGGUAUACUCCACCAGCCUCCGCGUGGUCCGCCGGACCUUCGACGACUGCAGGGAUGUCAUGUCGAUCCUGAGAAGCUACCGCGUCUCGAUUGACGAGCGAGAUCUGUCCGCGGACGCCAGGCUCGUGGAGGAGCUGCAGGGGGUUCUGGGUGGAAAGACGAAACUGACCUUGCCGCAGGUAUUCAUCGGUGGGAGGUACAUUGGCGGCGCGGCGGAGAUCAAACAGCUUCACGAGGCCGGAGAGCUCAAGAAGUGCGUCGAAGGUAACUCGGACUUCCAUCUGUUGUUGCAUUCAUGUAAUGCUCCGAUUCGAGUAGGUACGAUGACUCUUGAGCUCGACGUCUUGCCAAGAGCCAAUCUUGGUUGCAAACCAGUGUUUCAAGAGAUUCAGCGCUAAGACAACUUCGAAAGUCGGUUAGAAUGUUGCCGCUAGCACUGAAUUCUCGUUCAACUGCUACGGUUGAUACCGGAACGGAUAACACUUGUCUUGCUAGCAUGCCGAGACAUGGGAACAUGUGUUCGUUCCGCUU